AUGUUUCCCAACUCGAGUUCAGACAGGCAGCUCUAUGUCUGUGUUUGCAGCAAGCACAAUCUCGGGCAACCUCACCAAGUUUCGAAAUCCACCUGGCACAGACAUUUAGAAGCUGCUACUACGGAACAGGAACGAGAGAGGAUACGAUCUGGUAGAGCACUACAGGGACAUAGUAUUCCACUGGAAACAAAUGUCGGGGCUGCAGGCAACACUGCACCUGCCGGCAACUCAGAUAGAAUGGACGAGGAAGAUUCUAGACGCACUGCUCAGCGUGACAAAUGCGCACGAGUUGGGCAUCAAGAUGUUCAAGAGGUAUCUCGAAAUAAUUCCCCAGAUCUGCUGCAGCCUCUGCACCCAGACGAGCCUCCGCACCCAGACCCACCCCCAGACCCACCGCAGCCUCCUGACCCAGACGAGCCUCCGCACCCAGACGCACCCCCAGACCCACCACAGCCUCCUGACCCAGACGAGCCUCUGCACCCAGAUAAACCCCCAGAUCCACUGCAGCCUCCUGACCCUGACGAACCUCUGCACCCUGACGAACCUCCGCACCCAGACACACCCCCAGAUCCACCGCAGCCUCCUGACCCAGACGAACCUCCGCACCCAGACGAACCCCCAGAUCCACCGCAGCAACAGCAACAGCAGUACGAGAUUAGAAUAGAGCGCCGGCAGCGACCCGACAUUGAUAUUGUUGCUCUGGCACAAAGUGCCGUUGUAGAGACUCGUGCCUCGCAUUGUGUGAUAUGGCACUUUCCACUAGGGAGUACACAGCACGACUUGCAGCAUCACUCUGUGUGCUAUCCACAGCUAUUCCCUUACGAGGCGCAGCUUUCCCGCGCAAGGCGCAGCAUGCGCGCAUGA